CAGUGAGCACACGGCCGGUGCAGGCACCCCCCUCGUGGCACAGCAUCCAGGAAGCAUGAGAGGCCUCCAUCUGGUCCUGCUGGCGGUCCUGCUGUGCUCGGACCAUGCCCUGAGCCUACAGUGCUACCUCUGUGCUGGUGCCCAGAUGGCCACACAGUGCUGGGUCAUGACCUGUGGACAGAGACAGAACUUCUGCUUCAAGGGCACCGUGAUCACCACCUGGCCAGAUGGACAGAAGGUCAGCGGGAAGAGUGCGGGUUGUGCCCCUUCCUGUGAGGAGGUGUCUUACAUGAUGCAGACAAUGUACGGCAAAGGCCCAGGGACAAGUCUACUGGCAAACAUAUCCAAGCAGCUGGGUUUGCCGGCCCCCAAGUUUGAUGUGCAGAGUCUGUCUUGCUGUGAGAAGGACCUCUGUAAUGGGGUGUCCCGGCCAGGGCGCAGCCUCUGGGCCCUCGCUGGGGGCCUCCUGCUCAGCCUGGGGCCAGCGUUGCUCUGGGCCCUGCUGUGAGGACCCGCCUCAGGCACAGAAAAGGGUGAGGGCGGCCGUGUCCACGCACCACCCACGGGGCCCCACGGCAAGCUGGCUGUCCCACCCACACUGGCCCGCUCAGACCUGGGAGCGCUCGGCCAAAGGGCUGAGCUGCCCUCCUCCCAGUGCAGGGGCCCAGAGACAGGGCGGCCCCCCUGCACCGACCCGGCUGUGCCCACAAGCCUGUCUGCUUUGCCAGCAGCGACCGUUCACCUCUGCCCCACGAGGCAGGCACCACCUGCUGGGCAGGG